AUGAGCAUCCGAGGGAUGCUGCGAGCCGCUGUGCUUCUGCUGCUCAUCAGAACCUGGCUCGCGGAGGGCAGCGACCUCAGUUCCACCCCGAAAUUCCACUUAGAGCUCUCCUCCACCGUGCCCGAAGUCGUCCUGAACCUCUUCGACUGCAAAAACUGUGCAAAUGAAGCUACAGUUCACAAGAUUUUGGACAGAGUGCUGUCGAACUAUGAUGGCCGUCUGAGGCCCAAUUUUGGAGGUGCCCCUGUGCCAGUGGGAGUGUCUAUCUACGUCUCCAGUAUUGAGCAGAUCUCAGAAGUGACUAUGGACUAUACCAUUACGAUGUUUUUUCAUCAGACCUGGAAAGAUCCACGUUUAGCAUAUCAUGAGACCAACCUUAACUUGACCCUGGACUAUCGGCUGCUUGAGAAGUUGUGGGUCCCUGACUGCUACUUUCUAAAUAGCAAGGAGGCUUUUGUUCAUGAUGCAACUGUGGAAAACCGUGUGUUUCAGCUUCACCCAGAUGGAACAGUGCGGUAUGGCAUCCGGCUCACCACCACAGCAGCUUGUUCCAUGAACCUGGAAAAAUUCCCUCUGGACAAGCAGACCUGCAAGCUGGAGGUGGAGAGCUAUGGUUACACAGUUGACGACAUCCUGCUCUACUGGGAAGGCAGUGGGAAUGCCGUCCAGGGGACAGAGAAGCUUCACAUCCCUCAGUUCAGCUUCUUGGGAAAGACGAUCAGUACCAAAGAGGUGUUUUUCUACACAGGUUCCUAUGUGCGCCUGAUCCUGAGGUUCCUGGUCAAGAGGGAAGUCACCAGUUACCUUGUGCAGAUCUAUUGGCCCAGCGUCCUCACCACUGUUGUUUCUUGGAUAUCAUUUUGGAUGAACUAUGAAUCUUCUGCAGCCAGGGUGACAGUCGGUUUGACUUCGAUGCUCAUCCUGAACUCCAUCAACUCACAUUUGCGGGAUAAAUUCCCCCAAUUUUCCUGCAUCAAGGCCAUUGACAUCUAUAUGGUCGUAUGCUUCUUCUUUGUGUUCUUGUCCUUGGUGGAGUAUGUCUACAUCAACUACCUUUUCUACAACCGAAGAGGAUCCCGGCAUUCUCAGAGGCAACUCAGAAGAGCCCUAAGAGUCAUGGAGCGCUACCGCUACCAAGAAGUGGUUGUUCAUACAGCAUUCAAUGACCAGGUUCACCUAGAAGAUGAAACUGACUCUCCUCCCUCCAGCCCACGGUGGGCUGGCCUAGCAACCCCAGAAAGUCUUGGCUCUUUGGCCUCCCUCACAAAGGAGGCACCAUUGGCCUCCUCAGAAAGCCUCAGUUCGCUGUCCUCUCUCUCUGAUGGGGCCUCUCUGGCCACCACAGGAAGCCUGAGUGAUCUCCCGUCCACCUCAGAGCAGGUGGUGCACCACGACGGCAUUCGAGUUAAUGGUAUUGAUGUUGACAAUAGUGUUGUUCCCACUGAAAUCCGCAACCAUCCUGAGGCCCAUGACUGUGCUGAGACCCAUGACCCAGAAGAAGACCCUGAAGAGAGCUCUGACUCCAAUGAGAGUGAAGAUGAUGGCCCCAGCAGGAGGCGUCUGCUUGUCCAUGGCCAGAGGCGUGAACAAAAAGCAACCUAUGAGCUGCAGGAGAUCUAUAACACCCUUCAUGAUAUACAUAGCUUACCUGAUGAUGUCACUGUUGAGAGCGGCUACCUUGACCUUGAGAAGCAACUCAAGUGUAAAGUUGACAGUACCCGAAGCCUCUAUAGUGAUGAUUCUAUGGACUUUGAUGGAGACAAGGAGAGCAACUCAGAGUCUGAUGACAGUUUCCCCCCAAGCCCUGGCUGCUCCUUCAGUAAAGGGUUCUCUUCCGAUCUCUUUCACCCUGACUACAUCCCUAAGGUUGACCGAUGCUCCCGGCUCCUCUUCCCUCUUGCCUUCGUGGUGUUCAACGUUGUGUACUGGGUGUAUCAUAUCUAUUAGUUCCCUAGUGUCCCCAAGUGGCAGGGACACUGUGCUGUGCUCCUUUCGUAGUUCCUUUUUGUUCCAUUUGCCUUCUUUUCUGUCUUCAUUUUACUUUAUAGUUCUUGGGCACUUGAGUCCAUUCCACCUUUUUCUUUAUAAACAUGAUGUGGGGAGUAGUUGAAAAGGAUGUAUUCUGGCCAGAAGGGAAGGGAUUGAGAAGGAGUUCGAGGUAAAGAACACACUGAAUUUCUUUUCCUUCUGAAGACUAUCAUGUUGUCAAUGACUUCUAACACCUAAUUAAGACAGAAAAGCCACAUGGAAAUGUUUACAGGACAGAGAGGAGCCAGAUUGGAGGACAAGAAGUAUCCGAGCCCUGUGUACAAAAACAUUUCUGGGGACUUUUCUGUCCCAUUGAAGUGUUGAAUUUUCUUUUUCAUUCUUUUUUUCUUCUGUUUUUUUUUUCCCUUCCUAGUGAUUAUGGUCCUUGCUCACCCUCUGCUUAGGGUUUCAUAAGAGAAAGCCAAACUGGGUUGUAUAAGGGCUAGCCAUCUCUUGCAAGUGCAGGGGGUGGCUCUAGGGAACUUGGGGAUCCUGAAAGUGCCUUUUCCCCACUAUUUCUUCUGUUGCAUUUUGAGUGUAGUGUUCUGGUUCAGGGUGGGUGAGUAGGGGUGCUGAGUGAGAUGUCAGGAUGAGUGAGACAGCAUGCUUCCAGCAGGAGCUUGCAGAGCAUGAUGAUGCUGGAUUGGAGAUUACUCAGAUUGAGCCAGCAUCUUUGGAGGGGUUGAAACUUCUCUUGUGUAUGUGUCUGCUUCAAAAUGCUUGAAGAUAGGGGCUCAGUUACAUCUGCCUGGUCAGAUGCUGGGUUGAUCAUCACUAGACACAGUGCAAGCACUUGGUGAAUGAAGACUAGGGUUAGGAAAGUUCACCAUCUAAUCUAGAAUUGCAGAUGAACAACUGUUGUGAGUCUAGAUAAUAAUUCUUUCUGUUUGUCUAGUGCAUAGUAAGUGUCAACAAACUCACCCACACAUCACAUUGCCAAACCCUCACAAGAGUCCUGUCUGGCAGAGAAGGCAAAGCACAUUGUCUCCAGUGUUCUGAGGGGGAAAAAUGGAAUUUAUGUACCAUGCUUGAGGGCAUGCAUCCAAUGAGGGGUGGAGUCAUCCCACUCGCUCUUCCUUCUGCUUGUCCUCUUAACUCUGUCAGCUGAAGCUGUCCCCUCUUGCCCCUCUCUUUUACAAAAGGGUGUGUUCCAUCAGGUUCUGCUUAUGUGCCAGGCAUCAGACCUCAUUCUACAGCACCUGGAGCUGCAGAAAGAAGCCAGUGACCAGCCAAUAGGUGUGAACUGAGCACACUGAACAUGGGCACUGCCCACCCAGUGGGCUCCUAAGCGAAGAAGGCAGUAGGCUGCAUGCCAACUUGCCAAGCAGCUCCACUUCAUUGAUACAGGAGGUGGGGGAGCAAGACUGGUGAAGCACUCAGCUGAUGUCCCUCCUUCCUAUGUAGGCAGCUUCUCCUGCAGCUCCUCAGCCACUUACACUGUUAACUGUGUUCCUAUAUUUGUGUUUCUGUGUAUACCCGGGUGUUGUCUGCAUCACAUACAAUCUGCAUUGUUUAGUUCUGCAUGCACAUGCAAUCACUUGAGAAGCUGUAUGGUUCUAUGUACGUCAGUGUAAGUCUAUAUUGGUGUGUGUAAGAUUGUAUAUAUAACAACAUGUAGAUGCAAAUGUGUGUGCACCCCUAUGAAAGAGUGUGUAAACUUAUGACUUAUGUAUAUGUGUUUAUAAGCUAUGUUUAUUUAUCUGAAAUGGGUGUAAAAGGAAAUACACCUGAAAGCAUAUAUAUUCCCUGUAGGUGGCCCCUCUGGAACCACCAGAAUUCUCUUGGUCUUUUCCCACAUCAGGGGUAGGGGGGUGUAUCUAGCCAGGCUAUUUAACUGAAUGUUUCUUUUCAAUUACCUUUUCCCAGGGAGCAGGGUCUCCCGGUUCCAAUCCACUCCUGUCUCCUGGAUGGAAGAGGCAGAAAAUGUGAAUGUAGUCUCAGGAAGUGAUCAUUUAGUGCCUUGAGGUAGGAAGUGCUCAGCAGUCUGUACAUAUAUACACACAGAUAAUGCACAAACACAGCCACACACAUGUAU